AAAGGACUGACGUGUUAUCUCAGUGUAUGGACUGCCUCGUCAGACCUCUUCAUCGCUGCUCACUCAUACGGCGCUCAGCUGCUGCUGGACAUGUCAAAUAUAUAUGAUAGACAUCACGAAAUCCUGCUCCGGAGGCUGCUCUCAACAGCCGACAAGGAGGCGGUUUAGACGGAAAAGGAAAGAAUCCGAAGGUCUGUAUUCAGCUCCGACCUGCAGGCAAGAGACGGAGGAUGCGCGAUGUCGUGUUUGCGGAAAUGUUUUAGGUGGAUCUGUCGUCAAUGACAAACCAGGACCAAAGAUGAGAAAGAGUUUUGAUAAUGGCUUUAUUGCUGAAGUUAUUAUGCGGCUGCUGCUUUUAGCUGUUUUUCUCGUGACUGAGGUGCUUACUCCGUUCAGCCGUGAGAUCCAGCCCGAGGAACUCUGGCUCUAUAAGUUCAAUCCCGUCAAAAAGGACUAUGUUCCCAUCCGCUUCAUGUUUUCUAUCGCCCUCUUCACUCCAUUGCUGGUUAUUUUCUUACUUGCCUUAAUGAAAAAAGGAGGAAAGGGAGAUUUGAAAGAAGCAGCUUUGGCUGUGACUUUGACCCUGGUGUUGAAUGGAAUUUUCACUAAUGCAAUCAAGCUAAUCGUGGGCAGGCCACGACCUGAUUUCUUCUACCGUUGUUUCCCGGAUGGCCAAAUGAACCCAGAGCUUCACUGUAGCGGUGACCCGGAUGUAGUCAUGGACGGCAGGAAGAGCUUUCCAAGUGGACACUCUUCCUUUGCGUUUGCUGGGCUGGGCUUCACUGCGCUGUACUUGGCUGGGAAGCUGCACUGUUUCAGCCCAGUGGGCCGUGGUAAAGCCUGGAGGUUGUGUGCCUUCCUCACCCCCCUCCUCUUUGCCGGCAUGAUCGCCCUCUCCAGAACAUGUGACUACAAACAUCACUGGCAAGAUGUGUUGGUGGGAUCCCUCCUGGGUUUGGCCUUCGCAUACCUCUGUUACAGACAGCAUUACCCAGCUCUCAGCGACUCGGACUGCCACAGACCCCUCCGACUGAGAAAGGUCAUGGUUCCAGCGCAGGAACACAAGCAGGCCGUCCCAGGCUACCUCUUACCUUUGUAGAAACUUAACCGGACCAACAACCAUCUACUGUGUGAAAGUUUACCAAACCAUUUGCUGCGUGUGUGACGCCUGUCAAUCAACAAGCACUUCUAGUUUUUGCCUUCUUAUACCGUUUACUGUUUUGUGUAUUGUAGAGCACAAAUGUCUUUGAAAAUUUGUAUCUUUUAUCAAGCUCUUUGACGUUUACAUGUGAACUAUCCUGGUGAAGAAAUAUCUGUGAAAACAGCUUCUAGGUCAACUUUAAAACUUGGCAGACAUAUUUAUAGGGAUCUCCAGUCUAUCUCUACAGGAAAUCCCCUGAAUUAUAUUUGUCAUUAAAGUUUGUGACGAUUUCUAAUGUA